ACACACCAGUCAUGGAGUUCUACAAAUGCGUGACCCUCUGGAUAUCCUGCUUGUGCCUUGGGAAUUGUUUGACUGACAAAGCCAGUUCAUCCACUCAGGACAGUCAAACAGGGGAUAAUUUUAUCUCAGAUUUCUGUCGAAUCGAUGCGUUGCUGUGUAAGGAUGAGAAUGCACUGCUGAGCUUUGAGGCCAUUCGUAGUAUCCACAAGCUGAUGGAUGAUGAUGCAAAUGGCAAUGUAGACGUGUCAGAGACGGAUGGCUUCCUGAGAGAAGAUCUGAACUACCAUGACCCGUGGGGAAAACAUAACAGCUUCCACGGUGAUGACCAGCUCAUCAGUGUUGAAGACCUGUGGAACACAUGGAAAGGUUCUGAGGUACUUUAUAACUGGACAGUGGACGAGGUGGUGGAAUGGCUCAUUGCAUACGUGGAACUGCCUCAGUACGUCGAAGCAUUCCGUAAAAUGAACUUCAAUGGAAGUGCCAUGCCAAGACUUGCUGUAAAGAACACCACUCUCACACUGUCAAUUCUGAAGAUUCUGGAUCGCAGCCAUGUGCAAAAGUUGCACCUUAAAUCUUUGGACACUGUACUGUUUGGACCUCCACUCAUGAAUAGACACAACCACUUGAAGGACUUCAUGCUGGUGGUGUCGAUUGUCAUAGGCAUGGGCGGCUGCUGGUUUGCCUACAUCCAGAAUCGUUACUCGAAGGACCACAUGAAGAAAAUGAUGAAAGACCUGGAGGGUCUGCAGAGAGCUGAGCAGAGUCUACAUGACCUACAGCAGAAGCUGCAAAUUGCCCAGGAAGAGCACCGCUCUGUAGAGGUGGAGAAGGUGAACCUGGAACAGAAGCUAAGAGAUGAGAUCAACACAGCCAAGCAGGAGGCCCAACGUCUGAAAGAGCUGCGGGAAGGCACAGAAAACGAGCUGAGCCGACAGAAGUACGCGGAAGAGGAGCUGGAACAGGUGCGCAUGGCAUUGAAGAAAGCCGAGAAAGAGCUGGAGUCUCGAAGCAGCUGGUCUCCUCCUGAAUCUCUUCAGAAAUGGUUGCAGCUCACCCAUGAGGUUGAGGUGCAGUACUACAACAUCAAGAAGCAAAAUGCUGAACGACAGCUCAUUCUAGCAAAAGAAGGGGCAGAGAAGAUAAAGAAAAAGAGGAACACUCUGUUCGGGACUUUCCAUGUGGCUCACAGCUCCUCCUUGGACGAUGUGGAUCACAAAAUACUGGCAGCAAAACAAGCUCUGGGGGAGGUGACGGCUGCUCUGAGGGAGAGGCUUCAUCGUUGGCAGCAGAUUGAAAUCCUCACAGGCUUCACCAUCGUUAACAACCCCGGCCUGCCGUCGCUGGCCUCAGCUCUCAACCUGGACCCCGGCUUUGUAGGGGGCAGAGCGACUCCUCAGCACUUCAUCAUGACAGACGACAUGGACGACUUGGAGGAGGAUAUCGUGCCUGGAACUCUGCAAUCUCCCAGUAUGAUGUCCCUGCGCCAACGCCACAUUGACCCCCAGCUGGCCAUGGGCUCCCAGAGGGACCUGAAUCGUUCCGACUCUGACUCCUCCCUGUCCUUGUCCCAAGUGGGCGAUCGAUUGUCUGCCUACAGCUCCAAAGGCCACCUGAUUAAACCCACAUCUCUCAUCCACGGGCUGCAUGGUCGAGGAGAGGACAGCGUCUCAUUGCACGGCUUCACCCCCAACGGUGGGAACCGCAUACAUGAGGGCAGCCCCCCUGAGACGGUCACCGACAGCCCCCUCCUCAUGAAGAAGCUGUACGGCAUGGAGCAGUCGCCCAGCCUGGGCGACAUCAACAGCAUGUCGGAGUCCUCCCGCUCCCUCAGCCCCAACUCCACUGAACCCGACACGCCGUCGCCAACAGGAGGCCAGGUAGGUCUGUCCAAGGGCAACAGCCGCAUCCCACAGCUGUCUUCCAAGAAGAGCCCCCUGGAGGAGGACAGUGGCUCAACAGGAGAAGAAACAGAUUCCACUGCCAGCCGCAAGAAACACACCUUCAAGAUCUUCAAGAAGCCGAAGAAAUAAGGGCUGUCUGAGUUGUUAAAUUGUCUGACUGUAUUCCUCUGGUGUGGUUUGUUGGAAAAAAAAGACACUUGGGGGUCUUUACAGUAGAAUGACGGCACAAUUACAAUAGUUGUUGGUGCGUCUUUGUGUAGGUGUGUCACGGUGUACGACGCCUUCUUUAAGAAACUGGACUGUAGGAGCAAAGCAGCUGCUCUGUUUUACAAGGUCACUGGGUCAAAUGGGUGGAUUUGUAUAAUGGAAUGUAAGGUACUAUUUAUUCUGCAGGUAAACUGUGCCGCUCUCAGCGCUGCUGUCCCGGUUGGGUUUUUUUUUUCUUUUCUUCAUUUACAACCUAUAACGUUUUGCAUGUCUUCUCUCGUUUUUGUUGGACUGAUAACUCGAAUGCUUUAAUGUUUGCUCGGUUCUUCUGGUCUACCUGCCUUGGCGACACUCGAUGUUUCUUUGAUAACUACCUAACCGCUUAGCCUUGGAAUCCAAAGUGAAUGUUCCCUCCUUGAACUUUUACCCAAGUAUUUAUUCCUUUUAAUAUAUUGACCGUAAAAUUAUUUUUCCCUUCUUUUUUCCCCGACCCUUGUUGCAAGAACAAAAACACAUCCAAAAAAAAUCAUCAUCAAAGUGAAAAGUAAAUAAUCAGAUUUGUUAUUUGCCUCAAAAUGUUUUACGCUCUAUUUUAAAUGAUUGUGGUGUAAUUAUAUUUGUACAGCAUUGUGUUGCACACACGAGCAUGACAUCAUCUGUUUUACGAAACAUAGUCGAACACAAUAACCACGCUUCUCAGCUGCAAGAUGACUUAAACAUUCAGUUUUUGGAAUUUUUGGUGAUGGUUUUAAAUGUUUAUUAUAUGAGUAGAUCGUUUAAAGGUUCAGCUUUGAGCUUAUGCCAAAGUUAAUGCUGACUUUUAUAUUGAGCUUUAUUUAGUUUCUCACUAAUUAAUGACAAAAAGUUUGACUCAUUCAGGGUCCUUGUCAUCCCAUUGUUACCAAAAUCAAAAACCUCAACACAAUACAUGUGUUUAUAAACUAUACAAAUAUUACAUACAAAAAAUGUUAAUAGCACAUCUGUAUCACAGUGGAUAAAAAAACUAGUAGUUUAUUUAUACCUCUGAGAACUUGCGCACCUGAUCCCAUUAUUUCAUGUUUUACUUCCGUUUAUUUUUUCUUCUUCUGUGAAUGAAAUUAUACAGAAUGUAUGAUUCAGUUUAGCACAGCUUUUAGUUGCAAAGCCGUACACACUCCCUGACUUGAGUCUUCGGGCUCAGCGGCAAGUUGCUGUGAUAAUCAGGAGCAACCUUCGGCAGCAUAGUGGAGUAUAACCUUGGCUGUAAUCUUUGUCUUUUUAAGUCAAGACUUUUAACGAAGCCUCCAUGUGAUCAGACACAGGCUUCAGUUUGUAUCGAUACUAGAUUUCCUACACGUCUGUUCAUGCAGUGGCUGACGUUGCUUAUUUAGCGUUUAUUCAGAAAAAUGUAUCCUUACAAUCCUUAAAGUUUCAGUCUAAACUACAGCUAUUACUACGUGGAUGGUGAUUUUUAAAUACUGCUUGUUUUUGACCAGUGGGUGGAGACCUUGUUGUCAUCUGCACAGAGCUGGAUUUUAACCCAGACUCACGCACUAGACAGCUCACACAUGUCCUUUUUACGCUAUGCCAGUCCCACAGUCAACCCUAAAAAAAUGAAUUUAUUAUUCUGAUGUUUGUCUGAAGCCAAGGCUGUAAUAUUUAACCUGUCCUGUGUCUUGUUAGUUCUCUUUUGAAAAUGAUUCGGGAGAAAGGAAGAAAAAAAAAAGUUUACAGCUGUCUCUUUCUGGGGGUGAGCAUUGGUAAGGGCUAAACUACAAGACAAAAACCCUCACUCUGUAAAGGGCAGAAAAUAAUAAUAAUAAUGUAAGUCAAUGUCUGCGGACGCUCCAGAGAGCAGGUCGUUCAAAGUCUUUGUGCCAAAUUUCCACUCAUGUCUUUGUGGUGUAACAAGCAAACAGGAGAAAAACAACAACAACAUCACGGUAUAAACUGGAUUUCCCAAAUGUUCACACAUCUCUCUGCACUCGUACUGUUCAGUCUGUCGCCAGUACUUCCUGUCGGAUCACCGCAGCAGUGCCAGUUUACAAAGCGCCGGCUUCAAUCGAGCACUGAACUAUGCAUCAGCAGCUGUUUAUUAAUGUAGUCAUGGACAUCCAAAAAAAAAA